AUGCAGGAUCAUGCCAUAGGAACUACAGACUUCCGAGUGACGCCUGAUACAAUUACUCUCGAUUGGAUUCGAUUUAAUCAAACAUAUGUAAAUGAGCAAGAGCAACUGCUCGAUACGAAUCGCAGCGGCGCCUUCACAUUUACGCCCAACGUUGAUGGCGCCAUCCCUCUUUCAUCUUUCAUAAAUCACACUCAGCUCAAGACUAUGCGGACCGCCCUUGAUAAUUAUAUUGCGACUGAACCUUUGACCAACCUACAAAAGGCACAGUACACUAUCUUGAAGCGCUUCGCCGACAACGGUGUGGAUGGCUGGCUUGACCUUUCGGUCCUGCCUCAAGGUGGGCUUAUCAGUGUUCCAGAAGUCAAUAGGUCAUACUUCACGGCCGGGGCUGUCAAUCUGCAUCCUUUCUCCCGUGGAUCUGUGCACAUAAACACGACCGACCCGUCCGUUCCGCCCGUGAUCGAUCCCAAGUACUACAAUGUCCCUUUUGACCUCGAGGUUGUCACACUCGCCAACCAAUUCAUAAGGAAAUGGGCCUCCACGCCGCCUCUUUCCAACAUUGUUGAUGAAUGGUAUACUCCGAACUCUAGUGUCACCACUGACGCGCAGUGGGUUCAGGCUACCAAGCAGUUCACUGGUUCUCUGGCGCAUCCUCUAGGCACUUUACCCAUGGCACCACAGAAACUUGGAGGCGUCGUGAACUCUAGAAUGAAAGUCUACGGCCUAGAGAAUGUCCGCGUGGUUGAUGCUAGCGUCAUACCACUAGCUCCAACCGCUGCGCUUCAACCGACUGUUUACGCCAUUGCAGAGAAGGUGUGUCUGUCCUGUAUGAUUUCUACCCAUCACAUUUUCACUCCAUAUCUUCCAGGCAUCCGAUAUGAUCAAGGAAGACUACCUACUACUCUCAAAACAAUAGCGGACCGAUUCCACUUACGAGGGUGA